AUGACAAAGGGCACUUCAAGCUUUGGCAAACGCCAUACAAAGACCCACACUCUGUGCCGUCGUUGUGGAAGACGUGCAUUCCAUAACCAAAAGAAAACAUGUGCUCAGUGCGGGUAUCCAUCGCCCAAGACAAGAAGUUAUAAUUGGUCUGUAAAAGGCAAACGUAGGAAGACAACUGGAACAGGCAGAAUGCGACAUUUGAAACACGUUACUCGACGAUUCAAGAAUGGCUUCCGUGAAGGUUCUGUGACCAAGAAGAAGCCGUCAGCUGCCACUAUGGAUACAAGUUAA